UGUUCAGUCAGUCAGUCAUUACGGGGACAGUAUGGAGUUCAGGUCUCUCUCUGUGAUACUCUUGUUGAGUUCCCUCGUCCAGAAUUUGCAUGCACAAGCACAUUAUUUUAAACCAGUUCUGACUGUGUGGCCUGAUUGGCCACAGAUAUUCAGUGGAGAGACCAUCACACUCAGAUGUUCUUUUCCAAAACCCAGUGUGACUCAUUGGACAUUCUACUGGUACAGAGAGAGCACUAGACUUCACCGCUCAGAUGACAACCUUUACAUUUUAAAACAUAUCAAAGUGGAUCAGAGUUCAAAAUACUACUGUUAUAUUUCUAAUAAACAGAGUCAAAGAGAAUCUUAUUGGAGUAACGCAGUGACUCUCACGGUAACAGAGAGACCAAAAGCUUCACUGACCCUGGUGCCUACUGGACAGAUGUUUAGUGGAGAGAAUGUGACUCUUAGAUGUGACAUACAAGGACACACAGGCACUGAGUGGAGAUACAGCUGGUAUAAAGAUGGUGACAGUAACCGUCCAGUUCAUUCCUCUGAUGUGAAAAGGGAAUAUUCCUUCAGCGUUGUAGAGUUUGACAGUGGUAAAUACACCUGUAGAGGAGAGAGGAGGAGUGACUCUCAGAGGUCAGAGAUCAGUGAUGCUGUUAUACUGAUUGUAUCAGCUUUACCCAGAGCUACACUGACUGUAGACCCCAGAUGGAGCCCUGUGUUCACUGGAGAGUCAGUGACUCUGAAGUGUGAGAUACAGUCUCACAGUAACUGGAGAUAUCAGUGGUAUAAAGGCAGCAGCGGAACUGCAGUCAGUCAGUCUCAGAUAAACACCUUCACCAUCAGAUCAGCAGCAGAUCAGGAUCAGGAUCAGUUCUGGUGUAGAGGAGAGAGAAAUUACAGACCCUCAUCAUCACAGUACAGUAACCGAGUGAAUCUUUCUGUUGAAGCAGAAACACCUAAACCUGAACUCACAUCAAGCCAUAAAGGAGCUGCACUGAUAGGAAAUCCAGUGGUUCUGUACUGUAAGCUGGAUCAGUCUGCUGGAUGGAAGUUUUACUGGUCCAAACACACACAGAGCCCUGAGAAUGAGACCAAGACUGAAACACACUCCUACACCAUCAGCUCAGUCAGUGUCUCUGAUGGAGGACAGUACUGGUGCAGAGCUGAGAGAGGAACCCCAGUCUACUACACUCACUACAGUGAUGCUCUCUGGAUAAACGUCACUGGUGUUUCUCCUCCAGUCUCUCUGAUGGUCAGUCCCGGCGGAACUCAACACUUUAUUACUGACUCUCUCUCACUGAACUGUGAGGGACAGAGUCACUCUGCUGGAUGGAGAGUGAGACGAUACACACACAGUGAGAAGGUGUCAGAUUGUUCAUCAGGCUGGGGAUCAGUAACAAGAUCUACAUGCAACAUCAGCUCCCUCAGCACAUCCCACACUGGAGUGUACUGGUGUGAGUCUGAAUCUGGAGAGAGCAGCAAUCCUGUCAACAUCACAGUGACCAACGGUGAUGUAAUUCUGGACAGUCCUGUUCAUCCUGUGACUGAGGGAGAUCCUCUGACUCUGCGCUGUUUAUAUCAUGACCCAAAGCCCUCAAACCUCACAGCUGAGUUCUAUAAGAAUGGAUCACUCCUCCAGACUCAGACUACAGGAGAGAUGACCAUCCGCACUGUCUCAAAGUCAGAUGAAGGUCUCUACCACUGUAAACACCCAGAGAAAGGAGAGUCUCCACAGAGCUGGAUCUCAGUCAGAGCUGCUGAAUCUGCUGUUGGUCUGGUUGGAGCGGUUGUAGGAGUUAGUUUUGCUGUGCUGUUCAUCAUCUUACUGACACUGCUGUGGUGCUACAGAAUCAAAAAAGGACACAAGCUGCACACAAACCAGAUGUCAGAGCAGAAACAGAGAGAGUCAGGAGCUGAGGACACCCAAUUAGGACACGCAGCAGUGCAGGCUGGUCAGACAAGGAGGGAAGAUAUUCCAGAAUGGGAUUCACAGAGUGAAUGCAUUUAUUCAAAUCUACAUUCAGGCAAAGCCACAGAUGUUGGCGCUGGAUCCAUGGAAAUUAUUUAUGCUGAAGUUGAAGUGAAAAUGAAGAAGAACUCAAAGACAAAACACGAGAAGGUCUGUGUGAGUGCUGACACUGUGUAUUCAGAGCUGAAGCAGAACAGAGAAACAAAAGGUCUGUGAAGAGUGACCACAAAAGCUGAAUGCUUCUGAAGAUGUGAGAGGAGGAAACACAGAAGCUGGCCAUACGUGUAUUUAUUCGACCAGACCACAGAAAGACUGAACAGAGGUUUUACUUUCUCUUUCUGCUGGGUUUUGGUUUGUCUACAGGGUAGACAUAAUAUUUAAAUCACAUGCCAUGAGGAGAAGCAGAUACAACGAAAAAUGCAUCAGCCAGCAAGUCUGAGGCUUUCAUUGCCUCAUUUCAAGACACUGGAGUGGACUUUGAAGUAAUGCAAAAAGCUAAGCAAUGCUUCCCUAAUCAGAUCACAAGUUCAGCCGCCAGCAUUAAAGAAGCUGAGAUGACCCUCACUCAGCCUUCACUUUUAUGUUCAACUUCACUUUUAUGUUUGAAAAGCAUGUUGAUGUACCCCUGUGCAUGAAGUGUGCUUUAUUAAUAAACUUGGCCUGCAUAUGACCUUAUCAUUUAAGAGCAUUGAUCACUGAAUUUACUGUGUAAGCUUCAGUAGUUGUGACAGUAAACAAAGUAAACCACA